AUGGACUGGGUAGUGCUGUUCCUCAUCCUGGCACUGGUGCCAGCGCAGUUCCUGCUGAGCACGUUCAUGGCACCAAAGGACGCGAGCGUCUCAAGUCGAGACUGGAGGGGAGGUCAUGGACUCUUGAAGCGGUUGGAGGCCGCAUGGCAUUCAUAUUUGCAGCAGCCAACCGAACAACACACAUCAUCCACUGCUUCAACGUCACGUCAGCAAACGGAACCGCCAACCACCCACAACACACGAAUCGACCGGCAGGAGUAUUACGCGGGUUCAAAGAUGCCACGACGAGACCGCACGGGCGUCAAGUUCCGCGUGGGUCAGGUGAUCCGGCACAAGCGUUACGGGUACAGGGGAAUCAUCAUCGGCUGGGACACAUUCGCAAAGGCACCAGACGGGUGGUUUGAGAAAAUGGGCGUCAACAAAGAGCACCGGAGUGAUCCGUUCUAUUCUGUGCUCGUGGACACGCGAGACCGGGGGCCGCGACCACAGACGACAUAUGUGUGGCAGGGCAACAUUGAUGUCGAUGUCACCGACAGCGACAAGGCAUCCAUAUCCCACCCGGAGAAGGGGCGUUACUUCCAUGUGUAUGAGCGCCGAUACGGCGCAUAUGUACCGCGGGAUUGGCUCAGGCGACGCUACCCACGCGACUAG